AUGUCCGUCGCACAACCCCUAGCCACUUCGGUACCCUCCAGCCCCGCAGGGGCCUCCUUCUCCGCAGCCUACCCGGCAACACCCCGUUUCCUGAGGGCAGAAAGCACUUUAGGCACUCCCAGGGCAAAACCUCUGCACACCCACGCGCACUCUCACUCCCGACCGCAACCCCGGCGCGCACACAGCUCCUCCUCCACUGCCUCCUCCUCUUCCUCCUCCUCAGCGUCGUCGUCGGCAUUGUCAGCAUUGUCAUCAGCGUCGACAACGACAACGACAUCGUCCUCCUCCUUCCUACCAACUCGAGGUCCAUGCCCCUCCCUCUCUCCCCCAUUCCCAUUCGAUUCCCUCCCCUUCCUCUCUCCCGGACCAAUAGUGCGUAUUGGCCCAAGCGCGAACCCUCGCCAGGUGAAGGCUUUUUUUGACUUUGCGCUUACGCCGAGUAUGCUAGCGCCUUUGGGUAGCGGGGAUGGAGUUGCCGGUAGUGCGGAUGGGCGCCAUGAUACUGGAUGCGCAGCUCGGAUUAACAUCUUGCACGGCAACACCUUCAUCUCUCUCUUCUUUUCUCUGGGCAUCGUUAUGUAA